AUGAAGUUUAUUUAAGUGUAGCUAGCAGAAUCAAGACGACUAUGGUCUUUAUGUGAUGGCUAUCCACUGGUCGGAACAAUAGACUCCUUAAGGGCAGUAUUUACCCUCUCUUUGUUUUUGUUCCUUUUGAUAUAGAAAUUUCAAACUUAUUACUUUCCAAAUUCAUUAAUGAAUUAAGCAAUUGAUUAUCGUACUGGAGGUUCCACGUAACGCACACAUAAUCUCAACCUCCUACCACACACUCAUCAAUUUUUGGAAAGACAUAGAGAGAAAGCUACAGGAGGUAGGGUUCAAAACCCUAGCCCCUGGCUUUUUAAUCGGAUGGGGUGCAGUGACGGCAUAACAUCGGGCGGAUGCGACGGAGGAGCAACGACCGUGGAUGCAUUCUGGGGUGAGAGACACCCUAAGGAUCCAAAUCUAGAGGUAUAUUGUUCAUUUAUACAAGUAGAAAAUUUGAAGGUAAUAUAUAUCAGAGCUCUCAGUUUAUGUUAUGAAUCAUUUUUUUGUGGUUUCCUAAAAUCGAUCGAGAAAAAGUUGAGGGAUCGUACAAUACUGGCAAUCCUAUUACUGAGUUUAGAGAUUUUGAGAUUGAAGUCACUAAAAAUAUUGGCUUCUUAAGAAACAAUAUGGGCUGUAUGAGGAGUACUUGCAAUCCUAUUACUGAGUGUGCUAAUGAUUUCACCUAUUUUGAAGAGAUUUUCAUGUUGAUGGAUACACAAUAUUGGAUCUGUUAAUGUUAAUUCUAAGCAUCAAGGUUUUUUAAGAUGUCAAGAUGACAGCUCUGAAUGUCAUCAAAUAUUGAUGAAGAACAACCUGAACUUGGAGUUUUUCUACAUAGACUUUGCAAUUUGGGAUAAAGAAUAUAUUCAUCAAUUCACACUUCUUAUAUGUUUGAGACUACUUUGUUAUUCUAUAUAUGAGAUCCUCAAUUGAUGAUUGUUUUAGAUUUUUUGUUCAUUUUCUUUUCCAUCAAAAUAAAAGUAUCGUAUAUCGUCUGUUUCAACACAUAGAGUGAUAGAGGACACAGAGAGUGAGAAAAGUAAAUCUUAAGUAAGUCCUUUUUUGUAUGAUUAGGUGCUAGGUUUUUUAUUAAUUUUUAACACAAAUAGUACAUCGUAUUGAGAUAAAACUUCUGAUAUGACUUUUUAUCUUCUCAUGGAUGAUGAUUAUAUGUCAUUGUUUGGGAGUUGAGUUUCACUUUCUUUCUCCAUGGCAAUACUCCGUAUUUGUGAUCUUCUCACAGCGGAAGAUAAUGAGGUGCAACAUUUUACGUAGAAUUAGCAUAAGUUCUCUUCAAGUCUUAUAGGUGGGCUUACUUAAUAUGCUGUUUUUCUGCAUUGAUAAUUAGUUUCAUUUUUCAUGGCAUCAACACGCUAUCUGUCUAUCCCACCAUCACCUCUCAACUUCAUAUCUUUAGAGGUGCAUGAUUAAAAUGUUUUAGCAUAAUCCAACAAUCUCCAGCUUCUCUUUUUUUAUUCUUCCAUUCUUUAUGUUGAGUAGCUGAUACCACAGGGGAAAUUACUCCAUUUUAGGUAUUUUCGUUUUCAAUCAGUUGGACUAAUUAUUGUUAUUAUUAUUAUUAUUAUUAUUAUUAUUAUUAUUCUUUAUUAUUAUUAUUAUUAAUUAUAAUAGAGCGUUCAUGUUAUUGGUAGCUUCCAUAUUAUAGUCCUUAUUUAGAAGUGAUGAGUGGGUCACCCAAUGAGAAUUCUACCGAAGACGAGUAAAUGAUUGCUCACCUUUGCUCUGACCUGGUGCAGGAAUGGAUUGCUUAAUGAAGUCCAUAUGAGUGUUGAAGAGAAAAUGCACUGCAUGGUCAUAGUCUGGAAUUGCAUGUGCAGCUAAUCUCAUCGUCUCAAAGACUUUGUGUUGUUUGAGCAGCUGAACUUUCCAAAGCUUUUCUCAUCUCUCAGAUUUGCUGAUCGAUGAUUUGUGUUGUCUAGGAAGUUGAGUUUAUAUUUAUGCUAUAAUCUAAUUCUAAUUUAUACUAUUUAUUUUAUGAAGUUUUUCAUUAAAAAUUUUAAGACCAACUUGCUGUGCCACACGUAUGAAUCUAAAAACACUUCAUUCUCAUGGAAACAUGAUUUCAAUCUAAAUGAGCACCAGGUGUUUGGCUUGAAUUGUAACAUAUUUAGUUAAUAGUAAUGGCUAUUGUUACUUUUGGUUUUGCUGAUUUUUCUUAUUUGAAGUUUCAGGUUAACAACUAAAAGAGAUGAAAAGAGUGUUUUCUCUGCUGAUUUUUCCAGAAAUGUUUCAUUUAGACAUUAUAUAAAAAGGUACUUCAUCGGUGGCACUAAUUAAAAGAUAUUAUUUUCUUAGCAUUUUCAUGUUCGAUAUAUGCUCCAUUUACAUAUUGUCAUAGGCUGGAAGUUUUCAUUUUAGGCUUUUUAGCUAUCUUAAGUAAAGAAUACUUUGAAAAACAUAUUUUGCCAUAAAAAUUUAUUGAGUUGUAGUGUGUAUCGAAUUGGCAAUAAGCCUAAGGGUGCUGCUAUAUCCCCUCCAUUUGGUUCUGAUUUGAGUUCUCAUUCCAAGGAAAGCUCCUCUCUUUGGAAAGAAAAGGAAAAGCCAUUCAAUGUGUACAGUGCAGAAAAUAGCUAUUUUUAAAUUAAAAAAACAGUCAUCGUGAUGUAACUUGGCAACAGUUCAGUAGUUUGCAGUUGGCAGAAGACAUGUACAUAUACCCUGCUCAGAUCCCUCCAGCUAACAAUUUACAAGGGAUGAUAAUUGUUAAACAACUUGCUCACCAGAAACAAAUAUACUUCUAUUUCUGCAGAUCAAUCUUGGAUAAACAAAACAAGUACUUUUGUUUAUAUGGUUUCUUGCAUGUUUAGUUUAUGUGUAAGUAGAUACAAUGGAAUUCUUUUCAUAUAUGACGCUGAUCGCGGGAGACAAGAUGAAAAAAUCAAUACUUCCGUAGAAAUUAUUUUUCGUUGUUUAAUGGCAGAUCUACCACAUCGUUGAUUGAGAAUUGUGACGGCAAUGUACAGCGGACAAAAUGGGCUGUUUUGUUUUUAUCCAAACUCAGUGUUGCUUUUUUUUAGUUUUCUAAUUAUUGUAGAUGCUGAUUUCCCAUUCGCUCUGGCCUCUUCGUCCGCCGCCGCUCUUGAGAUUAUCGACGACGACGAUGAAUUUGACUGGGACGCAGCUGUGAGAGAGAUCGAUGUGGCUUGUGAGGCCAAUGGCGUCGCCCUUCCUGUCAAUGGGACAUUCGCUUCGUCUCCUGAUGGAGUUGCGACUUCGACUUCGACUUCCAUCCCAAAUAAGAAAACGCUCAAAACCCCUAAUGGUGGUGGCCUUGCGUCUGGGAAGCAGUCGACUCUUGAUAUGUUUAUGGGAUUUCCGCCUAAGGCUAAGAAUGCCGAAACCGAACCCCACAAUCCAAACGGCGUUGGAGUCAGAAAAGAGGAGUUUGGUAGUGAGGGGGAUGACAUGGUUUGCUUCGUUCCACUUGAUUUGAUGGCAGCCAAAACUUGGAUUUAUCCAGCAAAUCUUCUCCGUCGGGAUUAUCAAUUCGAAAUCACGAGGACUGCACUAUAUUCCUAUACCUUAGUGGCAUUAGCUACUGGGCUUGGAAAAACAUUCAUCGCUGCCGUUGUAAUGUAUAAUUAUUUUAGGUGGUUUCCAUAAGGUACUUCAUCACUUUUUAGCAUUUUUGUCAUUGCAUGUGAUUAAGUGUUCUUGAUGGUAUUUUUUCUUUCUGGAGUAGCAUUUUUGUCAUUGAAAUUUAUGUUUUUAUUCUAGCAGUUUCUAUCCAAAAGGAACAACUGUAACAUCAUAACCCUCUUUAACCUCUUAGUUGUGUGCUUUUGACUUUGUUGGUUGAGGAAAAAGCUUAAGCAUACCAAAAAUAUAGUAUUUACUCUGUAUAUGUGAGAUCAUAGCAGGAAAAAUAGUUUUUGCAGCUCCUUCUAAGCCCCUAGUUUUGCAACAGAUUGAAGCAUGCCAUAACAUUGUAGAUAUACCACAGGAGUGUGCGAUUGAUCUUACUGGUCAAACAAGUUCCUUAGAAGAGCUUGCUUUUGGAAAGAAAAACGAGUUUUCUUUGUCACUCCACAAGUGCUGGAGAGGGACAUCCUUUCUGGUUAAUUUUACUUUCUGAUUUGUUUUCCUUUUAACAAUAGAUUCAUGAUAGUAUAUACUUGCAAUUAAGUGAAUCAAAAUUUGUGUUAGUC